GUCGCUUAAUAACUGUUGCUUCGUUCAUAUAUUCAUUAAUAAAAUAACGCACAUUGAUGGAAUAAAAACAAUAAUAAAAAAAAAUACAAAAAAAAAUAAAUGAAUUUUGUAAAUGCAUUUAAAAUAAAAGGUGAAAUAAAAGAAAAAGCCUAAUACUUAUACCUAAACAAAAAAAAAAACUAAAAUCGCAUAAAUAUAAUUUAGUUUCUCUAAUAAAGGUUGUUUUCAAAAAGUUAAUAAAAUUUGUUAUUUAAAUACAAAUAAUUAUUAAUACAUACAUAAUAUAAGAACUUAGUAAAAAAAAAAGGAAUAAAGAAAGAAGACGACAACAUGAUAUUAGGAUUACAAGUUUCAGUUCUUAUUUCAUUUAUCUUCAGCAUUCUAACAGAGCUUUCAUGUGCUCAACAAUUUUAUCAAUCACAACAGAAUCAGCAAAAAGAUGCACAAGUUGUAUUAGAUAUAAAUAAUAGAGAUAGAGCAAGUGGGCAAGUUGUUGCAGCAAUUGGUGAUUCUGCAACAAUAAUAUGUCAAAAUCCAGGGAAAUUUGAUUAUUGCCGAUUUGUUGUACCAAGUCCUCUAGAACCAAAUGGAAUAAAAACCUAUGUGUUAUCAGAUAAAUUUCAUUCGACAGAUCCAAAUAUAGCAUAUUUUGGAAAUGGUUUAGAUAAUGGUCAUUGUGGUAUUAGAAUUCAAAGUGUUCAAGAACAAUUAAAUGGCAAUAUAACAUGUUCAGCAGCUGUUGGACCAAAUGAAUUUUCAGGAUUAGUUAAUCUUUUCAUUGCAAGAGCGCCACUAGAACCAGUUAUUGAACAGGAAGGACCACCAAGUCGGAAUGGAUAUGAAGUCGGUCAGAGAAUCACAUGGAAAUGUAUUGUUAGAGAUGGACGUCCACCAGCUCAAAUCCAAUGGUUUAUUAAAGAUGGUGAACAGUAUUUACCAAUAAACUCAAUGAAUCCACGUCAUCGUUUCGAAACACAAGAAGAUUUUUCAAGUCAAUUAUUUACAAGUAUACAAGAACUGGAAAGAACCAUAUUAGUUGAAGAUGACGGAAAAUUUUUAGUUUGUCGUUCAAUACAUGAGGCAACAAGAAAUAUUGCCGAAGCUACAACACAAUUGAUAGUUAAAUAUGCACCAACUGGACAACGAGAAGUUGAUAUUUAUGGAUUACAAUUAGAAAAAUCAAAUUCAAUUACCGUACAAAUUAAAUCAAAUCCACGACCACGUAUUGAAUGGAAAAUUGAUGGUGAUAUUAUUGAAGAACGUGGUACAAGAGAUCGUUUUAUAGCACCAGAAUUACAACAAGUUGGACCAAAUUUAUAUAAUGCAACAUUAACAAUAUCACCGCUUAUGGUCGAAGAUUUAGUCAAAACAUAUUAUUUGUCAGCUUUUAAUGAAAUUGGUAGAGCUGAAUUUAGUGUUAGAAUUAGUUCGGCUGAUACACCAGCUGAAGGUCUUGAAAUUGGUGCAAUUGUUGGAAUCGUAGUCGUACUUGCAAUACUAUUGAUUGUUAUACUUUUGAUUGUAUUUGCCAGAAUGACAGGAAAAUGGUGUUUUGCCCCAAAAUCUACAAAAUCUUCUACAAGUGAAACUCCAGAUGAAUUUCAAUAUACUAAGAAUAAUGGUAAUACUACUAAUAAACAAAUAAAUAAAAAAGGUAAUAAUGGUGGCGGAGAUCCUAAUGUAUCACUUUUACCAAAUCAAUCGAAUGAUGCGAAUGUCAUUCAAAUUGAAAAUAAUCAAGAUAAUUAUGAUAAUCAAUCGUCAGAUGAUGGUGGAAAACCACCAUCAACAAUAUGUUGUGGUUUAUUUAAUAAAAACAAUAAUGAUAACGUUCAAUAUACAUUAACUACAAAUCGUGAAUUUUUUGAUUCUGAAAAUGCUGUUUAUAAUUCAACAACCGUUCCAAUUGAUAAAAAUGAUAAGGGUGGUGAAAAAAGAUUUUCAAAAAAUAAGAAACCAAAUUCUUCACCACAAUUAAGGCAUACAAAUAUGAAAAAUCGUACAGCACAAAAUCGUACCGCUUCAUAUGCCGAAGCAGUUGGCUUAAAAAGAGCAUCCGAUUAUCAAGGAAAUCGUCAACAACCAUUACAUAAUCCUAAAGAUGAUGUUGAAUUAGUUACAAGUAGUAUGUUACAUAAUCAAAAUGAUGAUCCAUCAAAUGUAAAUAUUAACAAUGAUAUUUUACUUAAUGAAUUAAAUAGCCGUUUAAAAAAUAAAAAUAAAAUUGAUGAUACAAAUAAAUAUAAUCAAACACAACCACCAGAUGUAAUUACAACUAGUUCUGGACGUAAUAAUUUACAAAAUAAUAAUGAUAAUCAAAAUAUUGAUAGUAGUAUAACAUCACCAUCUCGUAAUAGUAAAAUUGAUUUAUUGACACGUGGUAAUGAACUUGGAAUACCUGGUAAUACUGUUAUACCUGGAGAUUCAUCAGUUGAAUCAAGAUUAUCAAAAUGGAUACCAAAAGAUCAAAGAGAAUUAUUAGAGAAGCAAGCACGUAUUCUAUCAAAUUUCCGUACACCACCUCCAGUCCCUGAAAAACCAACAAAUAAUAAAAAAACAAUUGAAAAUCAAAGUAAUAAUGAAGUUAAUGAUAAUAUAGUGGAAGAAAAUUCGAAAUCAACAAUUCCUCCAAUAACUACAAAGACAAAAAUACCAGUUGAUUCAACGAAACCAUUCGAAACAGAAAUAUGAAAUUUAAUUUUAUUUAUAAUUUGUUUUGUACAAUAAAAUUUCCUUAAGUUAUAGAUUUUUAAAAUCUUUUGUAUAAUGGACAAAAAUUUAUUAUGUUUCGAUAUUUUAAAUUUCGAAAUUUUAUUAUAAAAUGGCUGACUUAAUAUUUUUGAAAUUAAAUUUUUAAUUUUUUACAUUUUAUUUACACCAUAACACUUUUAAAUUUUUUUAUUUUGUAUAUUUUAUUUUGAAAUAAAUUAUUUUUAUAUUUUGAGUUUCAUAUUGCAAUAAUAUAAUGUUGCAGUCAAUCCAGAUAUUUAUAUUUAAAGGGAAUUCCAUGUAAUACUGCACUAAAACACAAUUCAGCUUAUUAGUUUUAAUUGCUGAAUUGUGUAUUAAUAUGGUUACUGCAAUUUUGAAGACAGGGAUAUUUAAUAAAAAAUAUUAAAUAAACAAUUAUAAUUAUUUUUUUUUUUAUUAUUAAUUUCUUCAGUUUCGAAAUUAUUAUUUAGUGUUAAUGUGUAAAUAAAUAAUAAUAUUUUAUUAAUAUUGUUUACUGUAUUGAAAAAAAUAAGGAAGAAAUUGUUAUUUUUUAUUGUAAUAAAUUUGUUUUGUUUUUUAUACAAAAUAAUAAAAAUUCAAGAUUUAUGUACAUAGUGCAAUUUAUACUAUAAUAUAUGUUGUCUAAUAUUAAUUUGCAAGCAUAUUUUUUUUUUUUGUUAAAAUUGAUUUUGCAAAAUUUUACGAAAACAAUUUUUUAUUCGAAAUAUUUAUAAAUAAUAUUGUAUGUAUAUUUAUAAUAUAUUUAAAAAUUGAUACACAAUUAAAAAUUCAAAUGCCGCCUGGAAGGCUCAUAACACCUCCUUCAUUUCGAACAUUUAAGUAAUUCUGCCGUAAAAAAAUAUUAUUAUUGUUAACACAAAUGCAAAACUUUUAAUUUGGUUCAUGUCCAUAAUAAAUUUUCUGAUUUUAUAAAGAAAUUAUUAAAUCAAAAAUAAAUUGAAUUCAAAAAGUAAAAUUUAAUUUUUAAACAAAAAAAAUUUAUAUAUAUAUAUAUAUAUAUAUGUAUAGUUUGUUAA